CAGUGACUUGCUCUAGACAUUGUGAAGCUUGAAAGCUCUUGCUGUUAUAAUUGCUGUCUUGUUGUCAGGCUCCUUUCUUUCUUUGAAAACCUAUAUUUAAAACAAGAAUAAUGACUGCUUGUAAAAUCCUUUAGUUCUGAAAGAGAUUAUAGUAAUAACAAUGCACUGUUUAUGGCAUUGGGCAACAGCUAAAACUCCUGUGAACAUGGAUAACAGUCAGCCGGUCAUGCCGCGUAGAGUGAAAGGGCUGUUCUGUGUGGACCUAGCAGACUUGGAGAGAAUACCAGAGGAGCUAACCUUAGAUGCCUUACUAGAAAUGAAUGAGUCAAAGGUGAAAGAAACAAUGAAGAGAUGUGGUGCCAGAGAUGAGGAGUGCUCCAGACUCAAUGGGGCACUGAGCUGCUUACGGAAGGUGACUGAAUCAGGUGGGGAGUUAAAAGAUGAUGUGCUGAUGAAUCUUUCUGAGGCACGCCGAGAGAACAGCUCUACAAACUCGACCGAAUCCCCCUGCUCCUCUGCGCCCACAUGGACUCCCUCUGCACUGCAUCUUCCCAAGGGCAACAGCCAGCAGGCACGUUCUGUGUCAGUAUCUACAAUCCCAUCUUCAGAUUCUCUUGCCUCGAGUCACGGACCUUCUAUCUAUGCAGAAAACCUCCUGGACCCUUUUGCAUUCCCCGCACACAGUGGAAGGUUAACGCCAAGGACUCCUCACAGCAUCACCAUCACUCCACCAACCACUCCUCAAGCCAAGAGACGGCAUAAGUUGAAGCCACCACGGACUCCUCCUCCCCCUUGCCGGAAGGUUUUUCAGCUGCUACCUAACUUUCCAACCCUCACAAGGAGCAAGUCCCAUGAAUCACAGUUGGGAAACAGGAUAGAUGAAGUUUCUCCAGUCAAGUUCGAACACUCCCAAGGAUCCCCUCAAAUGGUACGAAGAGACUUUGGCUUGGCUGUAACACACAGGUUCUCUACAAAGUCUUGGUUAUCUCAGAUUUGUCAAGUCUGUCAGAAGAGCAUGAUGUUUGGGGUGAAGUGUAAGUACUGCAGAUUAAAAUGUCACAACAAAUGUACUAAAGAGGCACCUGCUUGUAGAAUACCCUUCCUUCCCAUAACAAAAAUAAGAAGAACAGAGUCUGUCCCUUCUGAUAUCAAUAAUCCAGUAGACAGACCAACAGAACCACAGUUUGGAACUCUUCCCAAAGCACUAACUAAAAAGGAGCAUCCACCAGCAAUAAAUCAUCUGGACUCUAGCAGUAAUCCUUCUUCUACAACCUCAUCCACACCAUCUUCUCCAGCACCUUUCCAGUCUUCCAACCCUCCCAGUGCAACACCUCCCCCAAACCCAUCUCCUAUGGGCCAGAGGGAUGGGCGAUUUAACUUCCCAGCUGCCUACUACAUUCAGCAUAGACAACAGUUUAUCUUCCCAGAAAUUCCCAGUCCUGCACAAAUAGCACAGCCUCCAGAAACAGCUGCAGACACUAAUGCUCAUGAACAGCCAGACGCAGAUGGAGCUGAAUGUGAAGCAGAGGUGGAAGAACCAGAGACUAAUAAAUCAGAACCUGAAGAUGAUGAAGAUGAGGUGGAAGAUUUGCCACACAGACGGCCACACUUGCAAGGGAUGAUUUAUCGCAAACCUAGCCAGACCAGCGUCUACCUGCAAGAAUGGGACAUUCCUUUUGAACAGAUUGAACUGGGGGAUCCUAUUGGCCAAGGACGAUGGGGGAAGGUUUACAAGGGAAAAUGGCAUGGGGAGGUGGCCAUCAGGCUGUUGGAGAUAGACGGGAACAAUCAGGAUCAUCUCAAGCUCUUUAAAAAGGAGGUGAUGAACUACAGACAGACCCGGCAUGAGAACGUGGUGCUUUUCAUGGGAGCAUGCAUGAACCCUCCUCAUUUAGCAAUCAUUACCAGCUUCUGCAAAGGAAGAACACUUCACUCGUUUGUAAGGGACCCCAAGAUAUCCCUGGAUAUUAACAAAACCAGGCAGAUAGCCCAGGAGAUCAUUAAGGGCAUGGGGUAUCUUCAUGCAAAGGGGAUCGUACAUAAGGAUCUGAAAUCCAAGAAUGUUUUCUAUGACAAUGGGAAGGUUGUGAUCACUGACUUCGGAUUAUUUGGAAUUUCGGGUGUGGUUCAGGAAGGAAGGAGGGAGAACGAAUUGAAGCUGCCACAUGACUGGUUAUGCUACCUGGCCCCUGAGAUUGUUCGCGAGAUGGCCCCUGGAAAAGAUGAAGACAAGCUGCCUUUCUCCAAAGCUGCAGAUAUCUAUGCCUUUGGGACUGUGUGGUAUGAGCUCCAAGCAAGAGAAUGGCCUUUCAAGAACCAGCCUGCAGAGGCGCUCAUCUGGCAGAUUGGAAGUGGUGAAGGAGUGAAGCAAGUCCUUGCAACUGUUAGUUUGGGGAAAGAAGUCAACGAAAUUCUCUCAGCGUGCUGGUCAUUUGAUCUCAGUGAGAGACCUAGCUUCACUGUCCUCAUGGAUAUGCUUGAAAAACUGCCAAAAUUGAAUCGUCGGCUCUCCCACCCAGGGCAUUUCUGGAAGUCUGCUGAGUGA